AUGACAGUGGUGUCGAAUUUGCGGAGCAGGCAUUCUGAUGGCGACAAAAACGCCGUUCCAACGAGCUCAAACGGUGCCCAUUUGGCUACAGAGGGAUCGGAUGCACCACAGGUUUUAUUUAUGGAUACUAGCGAUGUAAGGAACAGAACAGGCCACGUACCGUCGAGCUACUACCAAGUGGCAACCCCCAAGUCCCCGCAUGAGCUUUCGCUCACGGAUGAUGCUGACGAUGAUCGCACGGGGCCGUCCCAUCAUCAAAACGAUCACAGGGAGAGUGAAGAAAGCGAACGUUUGAAGUACGAAACUGCAAAACAUGAGAUCAUGGAGAACCUUAACUUGCAUAUCAUGCUCAACAAUAAUGAACACACAGAUCUGGAGUCAGAGCUGGGCCGUAUAGAUGCCCAAAUGCGUGUCUUAGAGUAUAUGCAUCGAGAUCCGCAGCUCAUGGCGCACGUCGAGAAACACCAGGAAGAGCUUUAUACGCGACACCGCGAAGAUUUCACGCGACGCAAAGAGCGGGAAGCAUUCAGAGCGAGUCUGAAUGGCUUGGACCCUCUUUCUACUGUUGCUUCAAGUCGUCCUGGCGAUGAAAGCGGUAAUGGAGGGUUUUUCUACCAUACACGCAGCAAAUCGGCCCAUAACGUCAACAUCGCACCAAUUUCCACUAGCAACAAUAACGAUCAGCAGCUGGAUUCGCGGCUGCGACCGGCCAGUGGCAAAUUGGAGGGCAAGGGUGUGUUAGAGGGGAAAACGCUUCGAGUACAAGACCAGCAGGCUGCUCUGGGCUCGGAACUGGAUCCCGUGCUCCCAUCACUACUAAACCAACAUCAAAAACGUAACUACAGCAGCUCAUGUCUGACCAGCAAAAGUGGCAUUGUAGGAUCAAACGAAAAAAAUGAACCUAUAUUCAAAAGACCCGACGGUAUUCUCGUCAUAAUUGCAUGUUCGUUUUGCGAACGCAGUGGUUUCACGUCUGCACAGGGAAUAGUCAAUCACGUUCGACUCAAGCACGCAACUAGCUAUCCAAGCCAGCCACUUGCUGUUCUGAAAAACCAACAAGUGUUGCCCGACAGUCGGCAGGCAGCUGAGAUUAUAGCACAAUUCAAAAGCUUACAUUUGGACCCGCAACACGACUAUCUACCGCAUGUCAUAAACAUCCAAACCAGUGUGAAUCCUGUGGACCAUAAAUUCCGCAGAGCAAGCUCCAGAGAGCUGUCUCCGCGGGCAAUUUCUCCCAAAGUCGAGACUAGAUCGGAUGGUCUAAGAAAAUCCACCAGACACCUGAGGAAACUUUAUCCAGAUGAAGAUUUCAAAGACAUUGUCCACUACGUCAACGACGCUCAAAAGGACCUAGACUGUAUUCUCAAGCAGCCCUCAGACACUGAGGACACUGGUGAGAGUGGGCUGGAUGACGAUGUGAAAAACGACCAGACCUCAUCAAGUCUUAACACAUCUAAUGCUAACGGGGAUUCUACAGACUCGAACAAACCGAAAAAGGAACCAGGUUUGGAAAAAAGCACAGACCGCAAACGCAGGGGGUCUCCAGAGCUGGACACUGGCAGAAAACGUUUUAGAGCGGCCGAAAAGAAGGUCAGGCCGGACGCUAUUGCAUUAAUGAAAAUUCCUGAGCGAGACAAACGUUCUUCGCACUACAACUUGAGAGCCAAAUCAAAGCUCAGAGGACACAACAGAUACGAUUAA